AUGGCUACUGCAUCAGUUCAUCAACAAAUUUUAGAUGGUAAUAUUCAUAAAAAAAUUCCAUUAUCAACUUAUGAAUCAAAUUUAGAACCAACAUUACAAAAUUUAGAAUCUUUAUUACCAAAGACGUCUUCUGAAAAGUUACCAAAAUUUGAUCCAAUGAUUCAUUUACAAUAUUAUUCUAACGAGCUUGCAUCUCAUAAAUAUAAUAAUACAAGAAGAAUAACAAUGAAAGAAUUAGGUUUAGAAAAUCCAAAUUUACAAAUUUCACCAAUUGGUGUAAGUGAUCCUUUCCCAUUAUUUACUGAAGAAGCUGUGACAAUAAUGAAAAAAGAAUUAUUAACAAAAGAUAUAUUUAUGGAAAAUGCAAGAUAUUGUUUUAAUUCAACAUCAGGUUUAGAUUGUUGUUUAAGAGGUUAUGUUAAAACUAUUGAUGGGAAGGUGAAUUGUCCAUUUAUUUAUGAAGCAUGGACUAAUCCAAAAACAAUGGAAUUAAUAUCAAAAAUGGCAGGUGUGGAUUUAGAAAUUAUAAUGAAUUAUGAAAUUGGUCAUGUUAAUAUUUCAAUAAAAUCAAAUGAUCAAGCAAAUGAAGAAAUUAUAAAAUAUGAAAGAUUAAUGAUCGAUGAUAAAAAAAGAAAAAAUAGUGGUGAUGAUAUUCCUGCUGUUGUUGGUUGGCAUUAUGAUUCUUAUCCUUUUGUUUGUGUAUUAAUGUUAAGUGAUACAACAAAAAUGAUUGGUGGUGAAACUUCUUUAAGAAUGGGUACAACCAAAGGAGAAAAUCAAGUUGCUAUUAUUCCAUCACCUCAAUUAGGUUCAGCAUCUGUAUUACAAGGUAGAUUAAUUGAACAUAUUGCACCAACUCCAUUAGGUUUAUCAGAAAGAAUGACAAUGGUUACAAGUUUUAGAGCUAAAAAUCCAAGUUUAAAAGAUUCAUCAAUUUUAAAUACAGUUAAACCAGAAAUUAAUUUUGGUUCAAGAUAUAAUGAAUUUUAUUCUCAAUGGAUAAAUUAUAGAUGUGAAUUGAUAAAACAAAAAAUGGAUUUAAUUAAUAAUAAAGUUAAAACUGGUGAUUCUUUUAAUAAAGAUGAUAUUACUAAUGAUUUAAAAGAUGUUGAAGAUUAUGUUAAAAAGACAUAUGAAGAAAUGAUGAUUAGUAAAGAAGAAAUGGCAAAAAUGUUUCAAAAGAAGUAA